AGCGAACCCAUUCACGCACAAACAUGGCAUUUUCUCUGGGCCCCAAGGCCGAUUCACCCUAUCGUGAAUUCACUGAGAAACCCAUUAAGAGAUUUGACUCAUCUGGACCUCCUUUCGACGUGCCCGUGACCAUGACUGAUCGCGAUGGUACUCCUAUUCAUGAACACGAAGGCAUGGGCCUUCUCUACGCAAUAAUUACCAACAACGACGUUGAAUUCCUCGAAAAAUACUUUUCUAUUGACCGUCGGGCUAUUCCCAACCUCAUCGACCUUCCUGAUGACGAUGAGGCCAUUUGUGAGAUCGGCGACUGGUUCUGCGCCGCAGCCGAAAGUGGCAGUCUUGGCACACUCCAAACACUUUUGAAAUACGCGACAAAAGGGCUCGAUACGACGAAACCGAUCAGAUUGAUCAGAGCCAAUUUUCAUCUCUUGAAUGUCGCCGCCCAAUUCGGUCAAAUUGAGAUUGUGCAAUGGCUCCUCGAGACCCAGCCAGUAUACGCUAGCAUUCACGAUCGAGACGUCAGAGGCUUUACAGCGCUUGCGGCAGCUGCGGACCUCUUUUCAUUUCAAUCGUAUGGUUCCCCGGCCUGGGAUGGGAUUUGCUAUGACAACAAUGAAGCGAUAAUGAAUCUACUGCUUGAUCAUGGUGCCCGCGCUUCUGAUGUUGUCCACCCGACAAACGAUGAGGGUCAAAAGCGCCCUAGUGUUCUUACUUUGGCCGCGCAGUGGGCAAGUAGCGAUUUACUUGGGAGACUCAUCGAUGGAGGCGCCGAGGUCCAUUACAAGGUAGCAGUAGGCUCAUGGGACCUUAGCUUUGAGUCUCAACGUGAUUUACCCAUCAAGGUGGAGGUCACUGCACUAUUUCUUGCAUCCUUUCGUGCAAACCCUAGCGGCGUCAAGACUAUAGUCGAUCGCAGAAUGGAUGGAAUUAGUAUCGCAGACAUGGUGUGCUCUCCAGACUGCGUUGGAAGCCUCCCUCUUCACUGGGCGGCCCGAAACCAGUUACCAGAUGAACUUAGUGCCAUCCCAACAUCGAUGCUCCGUGAGAGAGCUGGAAAUAUCACCCGUACCAUUGAACUGCUCUUAGAUUUCGCUCCCACUACGGUCAACACCCAAGAGAAUGACGGAAAUACAGCUUUACAUUACGCUACUCAAUACUUCGGCAAGAACGGCAAAAUUUAUACACCUGUCUUCGAACUCCUUUGCAGCCGGGGCGCGGAUGCAAGCCUUCGCAAUUACAAGAACGAGACGCCUCUGCAUACUUUAUUCCAGAGCUCUAACGACGACGCACCUAUUGACCCCGUCGCUGUAUCGCUUUUGCUCGCCCACGGCGCCAACACUACAGACGUUGAUGAGGCUGGAAACACUCCACUGCAUGCUGCGUGCUCUAGCGUAAAGUUUGGUAGUGAUGCUAUCUCGCUCUUGCUCCAGCAUGGCGCUGACCCUGCUCUACAAAACUCAAAGCAAGAGACGCCUAUUAAUAGGGUUGCUUAUUUUUAUUGUCCACGACACAUGUCACGCAAUGAAGCGGAUGAUCUCAGCAGAGAACAAGAUGCAAUACUAGAUAGGAUGGUGGAGGCUGGAGGGGAGCAAUUGAUGGACCUACAAAAUGCAGCUGGGAAGUCGACGCGACAGAUAUAUCAAGAUUCCAGGGCCGAGUGGCUGGAGGGUCCGCGUGGAAAGGAAAGCAGAGGGAAAGAUCGUGUGCCCGCUACAAGGCGCUGAAGAUCACUAAGACAUAUCGUCCAUCUCGAACCCAUAGCAGUUCCAACGGGGGGCGGGUAGCAGGGAAAGACGCGAAUUACAAUAGCACGUCAGUCCCAGACAGAAAAUCACUGGGACAUUGCAUUUCGAUGGCCAAGGGUAUAGAAUAUACAUUUCUCAACAUGGGCAAGUAACGUGAAUAACAUAGCUUCAUCAAUAGGUGUCUUGCCGAAGUAGUGGCAUCUAACUCUACCACUAUCAUCAAGACGAAAUCUGGUGUGCAGAGGCGUUUGACCUUCUGUAUUCCGUAUGCCGGCGUCGCUGCCCCUGGCAUACAAGAGUUGAAAAAUAGGGCAGUACAUCUUAUCUUGUCGACUCGGUGACCGGGUGGCGUAGUGCAAAGGUGUAUUUCCAUUCUCAUCCGUGGCGUUGAUAGUGGUUGGGCCUAGGUCUAACAUAAGCUCAAUGAUACUCAUAAUGUUCCGUG